CUUACGGAUAAGUGUUCCCACUUCCCAAUAAAAAAAAAGAAAAAUAAAAAUAUAAAAAAAGAGAGCAUCAAUUGCAUGAAAUUGUUAAUUGUUUAAUAGUUUAAAUAAAAGUUUAUAAAAUGUCAAGAAUUAGGCACAUAAAUCGUAUGUAUUAUUUCCCACCUCCAAAUCGUUUUCGCAAUGGAAUUGGUGCAGAAUUGCCAGAGAGUUAUAAAAAAUUUUACAAUGAAUGGAAAAUCCAAAAACCAAAACCGGUACAUUACAUAGAAAAUCCUAAAAAAUAUGAAUGGAGUGAUCAUCAUGGUCGUGUAUUACCAGUACAAAAUCAUGCAUUGCCUUUGAGAUAUCCAAAACAAAUGCAUGAAGGAAUAUGGGGUGGUGAAGCUAUUGUACAGGGUUUUAUUAAAAAAGGCAGAUACUACAGAAGAACACCAAGAUUUUGGGUACCAAAAUUAUUAAGAUCAGCUGUUUAUAGUGAAGUAUUGGACAAACAUAUGUCUACACUUGUUACAAGAAGAACCAUUGAUUUGAUUCAUGAAAAUUAUGGAUUUGAUCAUUAUUUACUCAAGACACCAGCUUGUGACAUACAAUCAGCCCUGGCAUUGGCAAUAAAACGUCAAAUUUUAAUUGCACUUUGGGAUAAAACUUUGUAUCCAGAUGAUGAAGAAAAACGAGAUGAAAUUUAUAACAAAUACAAGCAUUAUCUUAGCUCAUAUACAAGAGAGGAUAUUGAGUGGUAUGGAUUGACAUACAAACAAGCUAUAGAAAAACAUCUUUGGAUUAACAAAUGGUCUGUUCAACCAGUACCAUUAAAACACGUUUACAGAUCAGAAAUAAUUGCUAAAUUAAAAGCAGCUAAAAUUGCUGAAGCUGCUGAUGUUGAAGUUGAAAAACCAAGUGGUUCAUGGCUUUCAAAGAUUAAUCCAUUUUCUAAAUCUCCAAGUGUUGAAUAAUUUAUAAUUAGAAAUAUGAGAAUUAUUAAUACUGUAAAUAUCAUCAUGAAAAAACCAUUGAAAUUAAAUAAAUGGAAUUUUUAAAAUA